UUGCUUUACUCAAAAUCUCCCUAACCGUUCAAAAUCUCUCUUUCAAAGCUCCAAAUUAUGGAGAAACCAGUCGCCAAUCCCCGACAGCCCUUUGUUGCACUUAUUGUCGGCGUCACCGGCAUGGCAGGGCUGAGCUUAGCUGAAGCCUUGAAGAGUCCCAAAGCCCUUGGCGGUCCCUGGAAAGUUUACGGUUCAGCGUUGCGGCCCAUGCCAACCUGGUUCCCUUCCUCGGUCCUAGAUAAAUACAUCGCUUUCGAUGCCAUCGACGCUGGCGACACGGCCGAUAAGCUCGCUCCGUUCUCCGGCGAAGUCACCCAUUUGUUUUGGGUGGCCAUCCAGGUUCGUGAAAGUGAACAAGUAAACGUCACGGUAAAUGCAACUAUGUUAUCCAAUGUUCUCAACGUGUUGAAGGGCGGCCGCGGUUCAAGACUCAGCCACAUCACGGUUCAGACUGGAACCCAACAUUACAUGGGUCCGAUCCAUUAUUCGUCUGAGUCGACCCGUGGUUUCAACCCCCACGAACCACCGUUCGUGGAGGAUUUGCCCCGGUUGCCUUACCCGAAUUUUUACUAUGCGCUUGAAGACCUCUUGAAGUCAUACGUACCGACAUUGACGUACUCCGUGCACCGCUCGUCGAUCAUAAUAGGCGCGUCGUCGAGAAGCAGAUACAACGCGCUACUUACCCUCGCAGUGUAUGCAUCGAUCUGUCAACACGAGCGUUUACCGUUCUUGUACUUCGGCAGCCGGUACACAUGGGAACAUUUCUGCGACAUGUCCGAUGCUCGUGUGCUGGCAGAGCAGCAUAUAUGGGCCGCUGUAACCGAAGGCGCCAAGAACCAAGCUUUCAAUUGUGCUAAUGGCGAUGUAUUCACAUGGAAAAACGUGUGGAAGAAACUGUGCGACAUAUUUGAUCUCGAGUUCAUCACGUUCGAGGAAUCCAAAAUCUUCGAUUUCAUUGAGUUCAUGAAGGAGAAAAGCAAAGCAUGGGAUGAAAUUGUAGAGAAGCAUGGAUUAUACAAGACAAAAUUGGAGGAAAUUACAUGUCCAAUGGCUCUUAAAACUGUGUUGCAUUUUGGGUUUCAACAUGUAUGUAGUAUGAACAAAAGUAAAGAAUUUGGGUUCUAUGGGUAUGCAGAUACUCUCAAAAGUAUUCCUCUGUGGGUUAACAGACUCAGACACAUGAAGAUUAUACCUUAGUUUCUUUAUAUUCUGCUGUUAGUUGCUAAUGUUCU